AACAUUGCCUCCCCCUCGUCUCCUCAGCAUGGCUUUUUGGCACUCCCCAGCGGGGGAUCGGUGCUGAAAGCCUUCAUUGUGUCGGGGAUUGAAUGGGGGAGUUUGCGUUUUGUCGAAGUCCGUCUGUUAUCAUCAACACAGCGCGGAUUAACUGGCGUGUCCGAGCCAUGCGCGUUAUCAUGCCGCAAACCUCCAGCGGUGCAUUUGUCGUGCGCGAUACAGAUAAACGCCGCUGCCGCUGAGAUGCUCAACAUCACCGAAAAUGAACGGAGGGCCCGACACACACAGAUCAACAAUGUAGGGAUGCUAUUGUCGAAGUCUCGCAUCUGAUACUGAGCUCUGCGGGUUUGCAUCGAUGGAGAGGUUGUCUAGUCGUCUUUAAAACAACCUGGACUGUCUUUUUGGUUGAAUUUCGCCUCUCGGUUAUAUUUCGGAUUGCAACUAUCAAAAGGAUUUGCCGUCGCUUGGCAUCACCACUCGAGUGCAGACAAAAAACAUGGGGAACGCAGAAAGUAUGGAUGGUCAGCUCACAGAUUUCAGGGCGAGGGGUAGCAAACCCCCAAAACUGCCCAUGCCGGACCCGGCUGAACUGGAGGAAAGAUUUGCAAUCGCAUUGAACUCCAUGAACCUUCCUCCGGAUAAAGUGAGGCUCCUUAGACAGUAUGACAAUGAAAAGAAAUGGGAGCUGAUCUGUGAUCAGGAACGGUUCCAAGUGAAGAAUCCUCCACAUACUUACAUUCAGAAGCUCAGAAGCUUUUUGGACCCUGCCGUCACUAGAAAGAAAUUUAGGAGGCGAGUUCAGGAGUCGACUCAAGUGCUAAGAGAACUUGAGAUAUCUCUUAGGACCAAUCACAUUGGCUGGGUGAGAGAGUUUCUCAAUGAGGAGAACAAAGGGCUUGAUGUUCUGGUGGAGUAUCUGUCCUUUGCCCAGUAUGCCGUCACCUUUGAUGGAGAUGUAACUGAGAGCACCACAGGUGAGAUUUCUGUGGAGACCCCGUGGAGCAGGUCUAUAGAAGAUCUCCAUGGCGACAGUAAUCUUCCCUCACCGGUCAGCGGCAGCAGCAUACCGCGAUCCACACGACACUCUAUGAGGUCUAAUACUUUGCCCAGUCGCAGAACUCUGAAAAAUUCCCGUUUGGUUUGUAAGAAGGAUGACGUUCAUGUCUGCAUCAUGUGUCUUAGAGCCAUUAUGAACUAUCAGUAUGGCUUUAACAUGGUCAUGUCCCAUCCCCACGCUGUCAAUGAAAUCGCUCUGAGCCUUAACAACAAAAAUCCCAGGACCAAAGCCCUGGUUUUGGAGCUGUUGGCCGCUGUGUGUCUGGUCAGAGGAGGACACGAGAUCAUCCUUGCUGCUUUUGACCAUUUUAAAGAGGUCUGCUCAGAAUCCCAAAGGUUUGAGAAAUUGAUGGAACACUUUAAAAACGAGGACAACAAUAUUGAUUUCAUGGUGGCUUGUAUGCAGUUUAUCAAUAUCGUGGUGCAUUCAGUAGAGGACAUGAACUUCAGAGUUCAUCUUCAGUAUGACUUCACCAAACUCGCCUUGGAUGACUAUUUAGAGAGGCUGAAACACACUGAGAGUGAUAAACUCAAAGUGCAGAUCCAGGCUUACUUGGAUAACCUGUUUGAUGUUGGGACACUUCUGGAGGAUGCAGAGACCAAAAAUGCUGCCCUGGAACGGGUAGAAGAACUGGAGGAGAAUCUCUCGCAUAUGAACGAUAAACUCUUGGAAACGGAGAAUGAGGCAAUGUCUAAAAUCGUGGAGCUUGAGAAGCAGUUGAUGCAGAAGAACAAAGAGCUGGAUGCCACACGGGCUGUGUACCGAGACGCCAGCUCUCAGGUUCACACGCUCCGGCGGAUAGUUCGAGAGAAAGACGAGGCCAUUCAAAAGCAGACCAAGCUUGAGAAGAAACUCCAUGAGCUGGAGCGCCGUGGCAGUCUCCAAAUCCAAGUGAGGGGUGAAGGAGACGGGGAAGGAGAUGUGUCUCCACUGCCUUCGCCUCCACAGCCCAUGGCUCUUUCUCCCUGCCCCGAUGCUCUGGCUGGAGCCUGUGCAGGUGCAGCAUACGCUUCUGGCAGCCCUUCUCAGACAAACACCCUUCGGCCAAUAGCAACGCCUCCCCCUCCGCCCCCUCCACCGCCACCAAUGACAGAUUCCUCUGUUCCUAAUGGACCUUCUGAAGCUCUCGCUCCUCCUGCGCCCCCUCCACCUCCCCCACCACCACCUCCUCCUCCCCCUCCUGGUCAAUCUUUUGAGAUGUCUACUCCGUUACCCCCACCUCCACCUCCUUGUGCUCCUCCCCUCCCAGGAUGUGGCACUCCCACUGUCAUAUUCAACUCGGGCUUGACAGAUGGACCAAUCAAACUCUUCUCUGUAAAGAUUAAAAAGCCAAUCAAAACCAAGUUCCGAAUGCCAGUGUUCAAUUGGGUGGCUCUGAAACCCAAUCAGAUCAAUGGAACUGUCUUCAAUGAAAUUGAUGACGAGAGGAUCCUGGAGGACCUGAAUGUGGAUGAGUUUGAGGAAAUGUUCAAGACCAAAGCCCAGGGUCCUGCCGUCGACAUGACAAUGCAAAAGCAGAAAGCUCCUCAGAAGGGUCCCAAUAAAGUGUCACUACUGGAGGCCAACAGGGCCAAAAACCUCGCCAUCACGCUCCGCAAGGCAGGAAAGAGUCCAGAGGAAAUCUGCAAAGCAAUCCAGACGUUCGACUUGCGAACAGUGCCGGUGGAUUUUGCGGAGUGUUUGAUGCGGUUCAUGCCUACCGAGAACGAAGUGAAAGCGCUCCGGCAGUACGAGCGAGAGCGGCGGCCGAUGGAUGGUCUCACCGAGGAGGACCGCUUCAUGAUGCUCUUCAGCAAAAUGGAGAGACUGCCACAGCGGAUGACCAUCAUGGCCUUCAUGGGCAACUUCAACGACAGCUUGCAGAUGCUAACGCCUCAACUUCAUGCUAUCAUAGCUGCAUCUGUAUCCAUCAAAUCAUCACAGAAAUUGAAAAAAAUCCUUGAGAUUAUUUUGGCGUUGGGGAACUACAUGAACAGCAGUAAAAGAGGAGCUGUGUAUGGCUUUAAGCUUCAGAGCUUGGAUCUGCUGUUGGAAACCAAGUCCACAGACAGAAAGCAGACACUUUUGCACUACAUAGCCAAUGUGGUCAAGGAGAAAUAUCCCAUUGUGAGCAUUUUCUACAAUGAGCUACACUACAUUGAGAAAGCUGCUGCAGUCUCUCUGGACAAUGUCCUACUGGAUGUGAAGGAGCUACAGAGGGGAAUGGAUCUCACCAAAAGAGAGUACAGCAUGCAUGGUCACAACUCUCUGCUCAAAGACUUCAUCCAUCAUAAUGAGGCCAGGCUAAAGAAACUUCUAGAGGAUGCUCGGAUUGCACAGGACGCCUUUGACGAAGUAGUCAAGUUUUUCGGGGAGAGCGCCAAGACCAUGCCACCCUCGGUAUUCUUCCCUGUGUUCGUUCGCUUCAUCAAGGCCUAUAGGCAAGCGGAUGAGGAGAACGAGCAGAAGAAGAGACAGGAGCAGCUCAUGAUGGAGAAACUUUUGGAACAGGAGGCCAUGAUGGAGGAGCAGGAAAAUCAACAGUCACCGUCUCACAAGGGCAAGCGGCAACAGCAGGAGCUGAUAACCGAGCUACGAAAGAGGCAGGGCAAAGACAGCCGCCUCGUCUACGAAGGCAAAGAUGGAGCCAUCGAGGACAUCAUCACGGUGCUGAAGACCGUCCCCUUUACCGCGCGGUCAGCCAAACGUGGCUCGCGGUUCUUCUGUGACCCCGCCCUCUCCGAGGACUUCCAUUAUUAAACUAAAUUCUCCCCCCUCAGAAAGACCUGCGCAGUCAACCCUUUCGACGGGCCGACGCUUUGAGGAGAAGUGCGAGAAGGAACUUCGAGGGCCAGCACCUUCAGCUGCUCAACGUGGAGAUCACCACCUGUUAAGCAAGCUCGAUCAGCUUUUGAGGCCAAUACAAAGAAAAGAUAAAAAAAUAAGCACAACACCUUCAUUUUAUCUUUAUUAGUGAAGGAUGGAUAAUGUUUUGUUGAGAGGCAUUCAACAUUUCUGCUGAAGUGUUUUUUAGGAUAACCAACGUCAAGUGAAGGUGGAUGUGGCGAUAUAAUCUUUUUUUUUGUUGCUUUCUGUUCAGUUUAAGAGAUUAGAUCGUAUUAUAAAUACAGUCUAGAGCAGAAAUGGUGAAUGGACCUGUUGAAUAGGCCUGGUAUUUACCAACAACAUACAAUUUGAAACAGCAGUUGUGUAGUACAAACUCCAAGCUGAGCAGCAUUUUCUGAAGGACUAACAAGAUGCACUUUUUUCUUUUUUAAAUAUUGAACUUGGGUGAUUUUAAAACUGAACUUUGUCUUUUAAAAAAAAUGUGGAUAUGAACGAGAGGAAGGUUCGAACGUGAGCUGGACUUGAUACUAUUAUCUCCUCUUUGUUGACUGAAACAUCCCAUGAAAUGUUGCGAUUAAAAUGUUUACUAAUAGGUGUUCACAACCAAUGUGACAUUGUAUGUACAGUACAUCUCAUUUUAAACUCAGAUUUUCUCUCCCGCUGGUUUUAUCUCAUGUGACAUUUGUGAGCUGUGGAAAAAGAGUUUGCCGUUUUUUUAAAACGAAGACAUUUCAUUGGACAAAAAAGUGUUUUUUUUAAAUGUACAGAUAUUUUGCUACAAAAUUGAGCCUCUUAUUUUUUACAUUGUUCAUCCAUCGUGGUGCUGUACAUAUUGUUGAAACAAACCGACAUCUUCUGCAAUAUCACUGAAUUGUUAUUAACUUUUAUGUUGUUUAGUAUGACAGUAUUAUUUAAUUUGAUGGUGAAGACAACUUAAUCUGUGACCUGAAUUGCUCUCAUCACUGUUGUUGCAUAUGGUAAAUGUCUGUGGUUGCACGUAACACUUGAAAGCUUGAACAGACACUAGUGGCACAUAUAACUUUUUUUGUACUUCGAUCUCUUAAAACUGGAAUCAAUGGUUGUGUGCAAAUAAACUGACACCAGCACCGUUAAAA